AUCGGCGGAUGUGGCAACCCUAGUCGGAAUGGACGAUUGUUCUUUAAAAGUGAGGGAAAUUGUUUUAAAUACCAGAAAACCUAUAAUACUGAGAAGUUACAAGCCCAAAUGGACUUGUUUCGAAAAUGGUAUUGAUGGAUGGUGUCGGAAUUUAGAUAGGCACGCUCACGAGCCUGUAGCUUUCGAAUGCAUGUCUGCGAAAGACUCAAAUACCCCCCAAUGGGAACGUAAACGUGAGAUAAAACAAAUGCCCGCAACAGACUUCCUCAAAUAUAAUUGCGAAAGCAUGUGGUUAGGUCUAAAUUACAAAAGAGUACAUGAACUACCUUCAACUUGUAGCGAAAAUAUAGACUUCACUUGCUUCGGUUUUCCAGAAGCGCAUAAAGAUUGCACUUUCUGGUUAAGUUCUAAAAAUCAAAAUACACCUUGUCAUUAUGAUACGUAUGGUUGCAAUAUUGUUGUACAAAUUUAUGGAAAAAAGUCUUGGUUGCUAUUUCCCCCUUCUACAAACCUCACAGCUAGUCGCAUACCUUAUGAAGAGUCAAGCGUGUAUUGCUUGGAGAAUUUCUACGCUCCACACCCCAAAGAAAUUCCUGAACUUCUCCAAUUAAGUGAACAUGCGUAUCAAGUGGUAGCGGAGCCAAAUGAUAUUCUAAUUAUACCCAGACAUUGGUGGCACUACGUUGAAGCAUUAGAAACGUCAUUAAGUCUUAAUUCAUGGAUUCCUCUGGAUGUAGACGUAGAGAGUCAGAUAGAAGAAUGUAUCGUAAAAUAUCUUAUUGAGAAUUUUACCAGAAAUACUAGCGCCAAUAUAAAAGAAUACGUUAUGAACCCGAAUCAAUUAACGGAAAUCAUUGAUGAUGAGGAAGUUUUUAAAAUACUUAACGUCUUGUUACAAGAAAAGCAAUCGCUACUAAGCGGCAAAAAGAGUGGAAGUCUUCAAACCAGCUACUCUUAUCAAUACAUAAACGAGGAGGAAACAUGUAAUUUAUUAAAAAAAAUCGAGAAUAUUACACAAAUCCCAAAGUUAACCUUGGCUGAUUACGAGAAGCUUAUCAAAACAAAUAGUGCACGUUAUCAUUACGAAGAAGGAUCUUCGAGCAAACCCAUUAACGAAUUACAAGAAUUGUUAAUAGCAAGCAUAUGCAGUCCAGCUACUGUGAAUAUAAUUAAGAAUAACUUGUUCAAAAGAUGGGAGAAGGGAAGUUUGUGAUAGUUAAUGAAAUAUUAAAACAAAUAAAUGAAUGCAGCCGAAGAUAGAUUCCUAGAGGAUUUUUAUGCUUUAUAACUUUAUUAUACCUUAUGUGUAGGCCUACUUUUUUGCCAUAAUUGCCUAUUUAAAUACAAAUUAAACUAAAAGCAAGAUUUUAUUUAUCCAACACGCGAUAGCGAUAGUAGAUCAAUACGUUUAGUCAACCCUACUUUUUUGCUUUGUAGGGCUGUUCCUUCUUUUGUUUUACGUUGUAAGUUUCGUAUGAUCUGUCAAUAUUUAUAAAGAUAUUUACGAUUGACUGGCGAUGUUUAUAUUCCUAUUAUUGUUUUAGAUGUGGUAUUUUAAACCUGAUCUAUUGCCGUCAAUUAAACUUAGUUUCAUAUUACGACGUUGAGUUUCUCAGCGGAAAGACAAAGUAAUAAAUCGAGCCAGCUUUCUAUGCUAAUAAAACGUAUACUUAUUUUAUGUGUUAUACGAACGCACACCUCAUAUGAUAUAAAGGAAUUGAUGAAUUUAAUGUGUCCUUUUUCG